UCACCAUGGUGAAAUUAGACUUUUCGUCGCAAGACGAAGAGAACGACGAAGACUUGACAAAAGAGUUUGUAAGGGAUGAAGCACCAAUGGAAGAAACAACAUCGGAAGCAGUAAAGCAAAUAGCAACAACGACAAAGGAGACGCUGAAAGAUGUGGUUGUAAAUAAAGUGAUUGAUGUGAAAGACGUUGUGAAAGAAAAGGUUAUGCAACAAACUGGGAUGCCUGAAUGGGCGUUCGUAUUUCUUGGAUUCGUAUUUAUUCUGCUGGUUCUCGCGUGUGCAUUCUGUCUCAUUCGGAAGUUAUUUGGAAAAAAGCGGCAUGGUGAGAAGAACAAAAAGGGUGGAUUGAAAGGAUUCUUUGGUAAAGGACAGGAUGUCGUUGAUGGAAAAAAUAUUCAAGGGAUGGCUCAAGACUUGGAAGAACUUGGUGAUGCGAUGGAACAAAAUGAAAAAGAACAAGCUGAAGAAAAAGAAGAAGUGAAACUUGGAAGGAUACAAUAUAAACUUGAUUAUGAUUUCCAACAAGGUCAACUAACUGUAACUGUAAUUCAAGCAGAAGAUUUACCAGGAAUGGACAUGUCAGGAACAUCAGAUCCAUAUGUAAAAUUGUAUUUGUUACCGGAGAAAAAGAAGAAGGUUGAGACGAAAGUACAUCGAAAAACUCUUAAUCCAGUAUUCAAUGAGACAUUCAUUUUUAAAGUCGCUUUCAACGAAAUUACGGCAAAAACUCUUGUCUUUGCAAUUUAUGAUUUCGAUCGGUUCAGUAAGCACGAUCAAAUCGGACAAGUUCUCAUUCCGCUUGGAAAAAUUGAUUUGGGAGCUGUUAUCGAAGAAUGGAAGGAUAUUGCACCACCACCAGAUGACAAAGAAGCUGAGAAGAGUCUUGGUGACAUUUGCUUCUCACUUCGGUACGUCCCAACUGCUGGUAAAUUGACAGUGGUCAUUCUGGAAGCAAAAAAUCUUAAGAAAAUGGACGUCGGUGGUUUAUCAGAUCCUUAUGUGAAGAUUGUGUUGAUGCAAGGUGGAAAACGACUGAAAAAGAAGAAGACAUCAAUCAAAAAGUGUACACUUAACCCAUAUUAUAACGAAUCGUUCAGCUUUGAAGUGCCUUUCGAACAAAUUCAGAAAGUUUCCCUUAUGAUCACUGUGAUGGAUUAUGAUAAACUUGGAUCCAAUGACGCUAUUGGAAGGUGUCUAUUGGGAUGUAAUGGAACCGGUGCCGAGCUGAGGCAUUGGAUGGAUAUGUUGGCUUCACCACGUCGUCCAAUUGCUCAAUGGCAUACACUUGGACCAGUUGAAGAAGAAGGUGAUAAGAAAGAUGAUAAGAAAUAAAUGUAUGACUUUAUCAUUUUUUUUAAAUUUAAAUGCCUUAUUCAAUCUAAAUUUUUCACUUUUUUUUAAUUCAAAGAGAUAUUAUUUUUCCUGCUUGUCCUUUUUCGUUCAAAGUUUCAAUUUCCCGAUGUACAUAGGAUCUAGUCGCUGUGAAAAUCCAUGCAUCAAAUAUUUUUAUUUUAUUUUUUUAUAAUGCAAUGUGUAGAAAUGAGUAGCAAUUGUCAGUGCCAAGGCGGUGAUUUAAAUAUUAAUCUCUCUUUGUUUUCACUCUUCCAACAUGUUCCUUAUAUACUCGAAUUCAGAGUUUCUCCUUUUCUUAAUUUAUUUAACUUUUCCAAUUUAUUUAUUCGUUAGAUGUCUAUUUUUUGGAAAUUUGUGUUUUUUUCUGUCAAUCUUGCUGACAUAAUUAAAUUGCAUCGUUUACACAUUUUUCUUUUUGGUAAAUAAAUAACUU